AUGGCUCGAGGAAGCUGCAGGCAUCCUCUGCUCGUCUUGCUGCCGCCAUUGCUGCUGCUGCUGCUAGCAAUGGUGCCUGGGUCCACGCAGCUGCAGUCGUCGCAGACAUGGUCGCUGCUCAAGAUCCAGCAGUUGCUCAACUACCCGCCGGUGCUCCGCACCUGGGGCAACAGCACCGACUUCUGCUACGGCGGGGACUACAAGACCUCCUCCGCCUUCGUCGAGUGCUACGGCGACAGCGUGACGCAGCUCCACAUCAUGGGUCCCGGCGGCGGCCCGCUGCCCAAGACGUUCAGCGUCGACGCCUUCUUCACGACGCUGACGAGGCUUCCCGACCUCCGGGUGCUGACGCUCACCGGCCUCGGCCUCUGGGGCCCGCUGCCGGGGAAGGUGUCGCGGCUGGCGUCGCUGGAGAUCGUCAACGUCAGCGGCAACUACCUCUACGGCCACCUCCCGGAGGGCCUGUCCCGGCUCGGCAGCCUCCAGACGUUCAUCGCCGACGACAACAUGCUCUCCGGCGAGCUCCCGGGGUGGCUCGGGAAGCUGCCGUCGCUGGCGGUGCUCAGCCUCCGGAACAACUCGCUGCAGGGAGCGCUGCCGGAGUCCGUCCGGGACAUGGGCUCGCUGCGGUCGCUGACGCUCGCGUGCAACAACCUCUCCGGCGCGGUGCCGGACCUGAGCGCGCUGACGAACCUCCAGGUGGUGGACCUCGCCAACAACUCGCUGGGGCCAGCGUUCCCGCGGCUCGGGCGGAAGGUGGCCAGCGUCGUGCUCAGCGGCAACCGCUUCGGCAACGGGCUCCCCGCCGAGGAGGUCGCCUCGUUCUACCUCCUCGAGCGCCUCGACGUGUCGAGGAACCGGUUCGUCAGCCCGUUCCCACCCGCGCUGCUCGCGCUGCCGUCCAUCGAGUACCUCAGCGUCGCCGGGAACCGCCUCACGGGCCUGCUCGCCGCCAACAUGUCCUGCGGCGAGAACCUCCGGUUCGUGGACGUGUCGUCCAACCUCCUCACGGGGACGCUCCCGUCGUGCCUGACGACGCGAGCCGCCGCCGGUAGCGGCGCGGGCAAGAACAACAAUAACGACGAGUCCUCCUCCAAGGUGACACUCCUGGCGGCGUCCAACUGCCUGUCCGGCACUAGCGCCGCCGGCACGCAGCACCCGGCCCUGUUUUGCCAGAACCAGGCGCUGGCGGUGGGCAUCGUGCCCGUCCAGGCGCGCGGCGGCGGCAAGGCCAAGGCCAAGGCCGGGAUCGUGGCCAGCUCCGUGGCGGCCGCGCUCGCCAUCGCGGCGCUCGCCGGCGUGGCCGCGUUCCUCGCGGCGCGGAAAGCGGCCGUGCGGCGCGCCAAGGCCCGUCCCCCGCGGCGUCUAGUGGAGCACGCCGCGUCGUCCAUGUCCAUGUCCAUCAGCGGCGCGUACCCGUCGCAGCUGUUCGCCGACGCGCGGUACAUCUCGCAGACGGUGAAGCUGCAGGGCGCGCUGGGCAUCCCGGCGUACCGAAGCUUCUCGCUGGUGGAGCUGGAGGCGGCCACCAACAACUUCGAGGUGUCGCGGCUGAUGGGGCAGGACGCGCACGGGCAGAUGUACCGCGGCACGCUCAGCAACGGCACGGCGGUGACGAUCCGGUCGCUGCGGGUGGCGCGGCGGGGGUCGCAGGCGGCGGCGUUCAACCGGCACGUGGAGAUGAUCUCCAGGCUGCGGCACCGGCACCUGGUGAGCGCGCUGGGACACUGCUUCGAGUACAACCUCGACGACGCCACCGUCACGCAGCUCUACCUCGUGUUCGAGUACGUGCACAACGGGAACCUUCGGAGCAGGAUCUCGCAGGGGACCGAAGGGAGGAAGCUCCCCUGGGUGCAGAGGAUCUCGGCGGCCAUCGGCGUGGCCAAGGGCAUCCAGUUCCUGCACGGGGGCAUCAUGCCGGGCCUCUUCGCCAACAACCUCAAGAUCACCAACAUCCUCCUGGACCAGAACCUCGUCGCCAAGAUCGGCAGCUACAACAUCCCCAUCCUCUCCGAGACCGCCAAAUCCGAGGGAGGAGGAGGAAGCAAGUAUCCAUCUGACAGGGUGCCCAACGGCGACAAGAUCGACAUCUACGACUUCGGCGUGAUCCUGCUGGAGGUCGUAACCGGGAGGCCCAUCACGUCCAUACACGAGGUGGAGAUCAUGAAGGAGCAGCUGCAGUCGGCGCUGACGUCGGAGAGCCCGGGGCGGCGGCGGGUGCUGGUGGACCAGGCGGUGAGCCGGGCGUGCUUGGACGAGUCGGCGCGGACGGUGAUGGAGAUCUGCCUGCGCUGCCUGGCCAAGGAGCCCGCGCAGCGGCCGUCCGUGGAGGACGUGCUGUGGAACCUGCAGUUCGCGGCGCAGGUGCAGGACGACUGGCGCGGGGACUCACGGAGCACCACCAGCGAGGAGUCGCCGUUGUCGCCGUCGCAGAUCCCCAGGGACCCCAUCAUCACCAGGACGGACGCCUACGCCUAG